AUGAUCGACCCAUCUCUAUCUCCAAUCGAAGGCUAUCCGAAGCUUGCGCGCCAUAUGGGAACAUAUUCUGAAUGUGCAAUAUACCGUCGAUUUGCCUGCCUCAACUCUCAAAAUUUACUCUACUUCCAAGCAGAGUUAACGCACCUCGAGCAGAAACUUCGUCGCCUAGAAGCUGCUGAUCUUGUAUCCACCGGAGAGAACGCUUCUAUUUAUUCGAAAGAUUGGUACUGGUUGAAUAACUCUGCAUCUGAAGAGAAUAGUGAGCAGUUGGAAACUGUUCGUGCGAUACGUGGCAGGUUGAAAGAGUAUAAUGAUGUAUUAAUCCAGCAAUCUAUUAUCAGCCGCCUAGCCGAUCCAAAUACACUCAACCUUCGAUCCCUACAAAACUGGCUUGAGCGGCCAGAUAUGGGGAAUCUCGCUCUCAUUGGGAAAGAUAGAGAUACUUGGGGAGCUUCUGACGAGCCACUAAGUCAUAAUAUGGAUCUUCUCGCGACUAAAUCGGGUGGGGAUAGCGAUGCAUUCUCUACCUGGGUUAGCCAGAAGCUCGUAUACUGGUUGCAUAACAUUUUCUGGCAUCGGUUAAAGAGAGUUGAUGAUGCAGAAUCUGGAAUAUGUUCAUACGAGGAUAAAACUCUGCAGAAAUACACUUCAAACAUCACCACAAUCGUUGCUUCUUCACUGCCGAUAUUAGCUAUUGUGGUUUUAAAUUGUGUCGUUGCGAUAAAUGCUCGGUUGGGUCUUAUGGCGCUUUUUACGGUUGUGUUUGCGGCCUGCCUAUCGUUUUUCACCAAUGCUACGAGGGGGGAGAUUUUUAUUGCUACUUCAACUUUCGCAGCCGUGGAGGUGGUGUUCAUUUCGACUAAUAACGGAAUGAGUUCUGCCAGCACUUGA